CCAAAAGAACAGUUUAAUUGUGUCUUGGCGUGGAUUCUACAAGUGUCUAAAUCUCCGUCAGUGGUAUGAGAUGUGUUCUUUAAGCACUGACCAUCAUGGGACAGAACAUAUAAACAGGCAUAUAAAUUAAUACUGAGUUUCACCUUAAAACAAGCAGAGCAUAUGACAAAAGCACGUCAUAAAAACAACAGUUAAAACUACAUAAUCAAUAAACUAGUGUUAAAGCUGGAGACAGCUGUUCAUCUAUUCUAGUCUACUGGCUGCUGGCCUAAAUGGGGAGAAGGAAGGGGUUAACAGGCAAUGUGAUUAUCCAGAUCUUGUGAUCCCGACUCCAGUUAUGAAAGAAGGCCUUUAUGAGUCUAGAGCAGACCUUCACUGCACACACUUGGGGACCGUCACAGCACACCCUACUAACCCAGCUAACACUGUCAGUCGAGGAAUUCUGAAGAAGUGAAUUAUCUGGAACAGGUGUGGCAGAUUGUGGUUGCAGCUACACUUUGCAGGAAGGCUCAAUGACCAAGUGUUUGUAGCCUGGUCAGUUGGUGGCCACUAUGUGUACUGAUGCCAUGGUGGUGGGGAUCUGACCACAUGGAGGAAAGUGAGUGCAGUGUAGUGGAGGCAGGGGCCCCAGCCCCUGGGAGCCCCACCAUAGAGCUGGGCCUGAAAAGGCUCUCCUUCGCAUAUCAGGGCCUUCUAGAGAUUCCAUAUGACAUCAUUCUGGAGCAGAGGGACACCCUGGAGGUUCUGGACCUCAGCUACAACCUGCUGGAUGAGAGCCCAGCUUUGCUGGUUGAGCUGGAGAAGCUGAGCACCCUUAUCCUAGACUGCAACAACUACACCGCUCACGUCAAGUUCCCCUACAUGCCCAGCCUCACCACCCUGUGGAUCAACAAGAACAAAAUCAGCAACCUGCCCAUCAUAGUGGAGGAGAUCCGCUGCAAGUUCCCCAAUAUCAAGAUACUUAGUAUGAUGAACAAUGAAGCAGCACCCAGUUAUUUUAAUGGAGGGAGUCUGACCCAGUAUAUUGACUACAGGCAGUACGUUAUCAGUCAGAUUCCCAGCCUAGAGGUCCUAGAUGACACAGAAGUGCAAGAGAAAGAGCGAGAGCUGGCCAGGAAGACCUACAGGAUGCAGAGGAUCAGGGAGGGCAGCAAAAAGAGGAAGGAGCUCCAUCACUGAGAGCCAAGGACUAAUCGUAUCAUCAGACCCUGUCAGGCCGCAUGCCAAACCAACGUGCACUCUCUAAAUCUCAGAACAAUCCAACCACUCAUUCCAGGCCUCUAUAAGCUUUAAGAGAAGAAUGUGAACUAGUACAUGUUUGCAUUCACAAGGUGAUUAGAACUGACUUAAAGGGCCUAUCAGCUACUUUUAUCUUGUUUUUUGUUCUUCCCAUGAGGUUAACUUAUGAUGUGUGUGUGGUUUUGUGUAGCAAAAUUUUGUUUGUUUUUAUGUGACUCUUUUCCAGUGUCUCUGUUUUCUCUUAGACUCAAACGAGCUGUUUUUGUUACUUUGUCUAUAAGACUGUUUGUUUUAAUAUAAAUAUAUAUAUAUUAUAUAUAAAUGAGCUCUGUUCAGAUUUGGACAGCCUGUAUUGCGUCUCAUUCUAAAAGCAGUCCAGGCUGAAACAGCCAAACUGCUGUAGGUUAAAUAGGUUGAUAUGAAAACAGACUGUUUUAGCAGUUUAAUUUCCAUAUAUGAACCAUAUGUACUCUGAAACUUUAACAAUGUUUACAUACUACAGCAAACUCUUUUAUUUAAAAAAAAUGAAUUAAGUAAAAUGUGUUUUUUUUUCAUUAAAUGAGCCCCUUAAAGCUCUGAUACAUGCAGGAUAACCGUCAACAGAAAUACUUUUCUUUUUUUUUCUUUAACGCAAUAAAGAUUAUGAACGUGUAUGUAAUGUA